CUAAAUUUAUCCUACAAACUAUCAUACGACGAAAUACUAUUCCACACUACCACCGAGUCACUGAAAAGCAAACCAUCAUGAACGCCGAGGAAAAGGACCUCCAGAUAAACCCCGUUGUCCCCGAAAAUGUCAUUCACAACACGAAGACAAUCGCUGACAUCCGCUCCCUCACCUCCUCCAUAUUCGGCAUCGCUGCCGGUAUCCUAGGCUUAGAAUCCUACUCAGGCUUCAUCUUCUACCUCCUCGGCUCCUCCAUCGUCUCGGUACUGAUGGUAGUCUUCAUCGCGGGCGGGAAGCCACAAAACUACUUCCGGAGUGCGAGUGAGAUAUGGACAUCAGAAGUGUUCAGCGGGAGUAGCCUUUCGUCGUUCAUUUUGACUUGGACACUCUUUUUCGGACUGUUACGAGCUUAGAGGAAGGAAAAUGAAUCUGGAAAUAGAAAAGGGGAUAGAAUGGCAUUGAAGGUUUCCUUUCCGAAUGCUUAUUUGGGGAACUGGCGUCGUGACGGAUUGCUAAAGGUUGGGAGAUUGUAAUUCUACUACGAUACUUUUUCCUUAGGUGAUUUUUACCUGCUUUGGGGGGGGGGAUAAGGGUGUACGCUCAAUACCAUGUAGUGCUUUCGGUUUUUAACAAUGCAAUGCUGUCAGAAAAGCUGGCCUUGCAGCGGUUUGAAUUCUUACGAUACAACUGGUUAUCAGUAUCAAGGUAUUGAAUUGCACUUUCAUGAUACCACAAUAUUAUUAUUUAAGCGCUCUCAUAAAUCUCUGCGCCUUGCACCAAGCUCUGAAAGGACAUCAUUUUCUUAUCUCACCAUGAAGUCAGAGGGUUGCAUAUGACACCUGUAAAAUCGCUCAAGGGACCUUGGCAAUCCAGAUGAGAUUGAUAAGAUCUGAUAAGAUACCUUUCCUCUAAUCGAUCAACACUCGGGCGGGCCCCAAACUCCAACUCACCCGCAACCAGCACACCAAACCCAACACUUUUUUUCCAGUUCCACCUUAGAAUCGUACAAAUACCCUCUAAGCCAUCAAACCAUGUCCGCAGCCUCUCCGCUCGCCACUACUACCGCCCCAAUAAAGGUUGACCGUCGGCGCACGACCCCCUUCCUGCUUAAGCUCUUCUACAGACAGGGCGGCUUCCACCGCCUAGAUGACUUCCGUGCACACUCCCAGCCCCGCGAGCAUGUUACAAUUUACACCUGGCGCGAUUGCACCCUCAACGAACUAAGCAUGCUCCUCUCGCAUGCGCUGCCAAACGUCUGUCCGCCCCGUUCCCGCUGCGGCUUCCGUCUCAUCUUUGCGGACACGCGGUACAACGCGACGCGCUACACAUCAAAGGACCUGGGCGCAGUGGUGCCGAACGGCGACGCGGUUUUGGAUAAUGUUGGUCGAAAAACGCUCAGCGAGGUCUCGUUUGUCGUAGGGGAUUGGAUCGACGUAUGUAUUUACCCCGAGGGCCAUGGCGGGGUUGGAGCUACGGGGAAUGGCAGGGGCGGGUUUGGAGGCGGAAGGGGCGGGGUCUUAGGUGGGCCGCGGGAGAAUGGAUUUGGUGGGUUUAGGGUCCGUGGAGGUGCGCGUGGGGCUGUCAUGGGGGGGGUUAGUGUUCCGAGUGGCGAGUGGAGGAGGGGUGAGAGGGUUGAGGAUAAUGUUCCAUUGCAGGAAGGGGGCGGCGGUGGUGGUGGCGGGAGGAGGGACACUGUUACCGUGGGUAGAGGUAGUGGCGGGUACGGUAGACGUGGCGGCGGAGGGGGAGGAGGUAGAGAUCGCAGGUAUAGGGAUUAGUCAACGAAGGCACUAUCACAAGUGGCCCCGGCUUGGUCGAGGCCACUGUAUUUCUAAGGGAUGCUUUCCCUCCCCCUCCUCACCUAUCCUCCUUCUCUUUUCUAACCGUUUUAUUGUAAAGUAGAGCCAUAGCUACUGGGUUGGGUUGCGGUGCCUUUUUUUCCUAUAUAUCUUUCUUUCUUACGUCUCGAAAUUGAGCUUUUGGGGUGGACUUGUUUAUCGCCUUCUGCUGGUAUGAUAUUGUACGUUAUCCUUCUGUCAUAGGGACUCAGCACGUAGCUCUAGAUAUUUAACGAUAGCUACCGUACUGUACAAGUAGAAUCCCCAAGAUUACAAUCC